AUGUGGAUUAUUAUUUGUGCUGCUAUCGUUAUUUUCAUUUUCUUUGUUUUAUUAUAUUUACUUCGUCCUGUUUAUCGACCAGAAUGUCUUUUGAACCUUCGUGAUGUUCAUGUUGUUAUUACAGGUGGUUCCAGUGGAAUUGGAAAAGAAUUAGCUAGACAACUAUUAAAUGAACAUCAAGCGCGUGUAACUAUUUUAGCACGGAAUCAACAACGUCUCGAUGAAUGUCAACAAGAUAUAGCUCCUGAUAAUAAGGAACGACUUUGUUGCCUUUCUGUUGAUGUUGGUCAAUCGUAUGCAGAUGUCGAGAAAGCAAUUCAGCAAGCUUGUCAAUAUCAUGGUAAUCGACCAGUUAGUAUUCUAAUCAAUAAUGCUGGCAUUUUUUAUGCCAGAACAUUCGAAGAAACAACAGCAGAUGAUUUUGAAAAAAUGGUUCGCAUUAAUUAUUUGGGUGUUGUUUUUUGUACAAAAGCAUGUCUUGCAUCAAUGCGUCAACAUGGUUCGGGUCGUAUAGUUCUUGUUUCUUCUCAAGCUGGCCAGAUUGGUGUAUAUGGUUAUACAUCUUAUUGUUCAACAAAAUUUGCGUUAAAAGGUUUAGCUGAAUCCUUACAAAUGGAAUUAGUCCGUGAUAAUAUAUAUGUUACUGUUGCUUAUCCACCUGAUACAGAUACACCAGGGUUUGCUGAAGAAAAGAAAACAAUGCCAAUAGAAACACAAUUAAUUAAUGAUACAUCAGGUGUUGUAUCAGCUCCAGACGUAGCAAAAAAAAUCAUCAUAUCCACACAGAAAGGUUCAUUUUCAUGUUGGUUUGGUAUAAAUGGAUUUCUAUUGGAAUGUUUAACUAGUGGUGCUCAACCGAUUACCAGUAUAUUAGAGCUCAUAUCUCAAUGCUUAACAAUUGGUUUAGCACGAAUUAUAAUUGUUGGAUUAUUAAACACUUUCUAUAGCAUUGUCACAAGAAAAAGUUUAAAAAACAACAAGACAAAAUAG